AUGGAGGACGACUCACUCUACUUGGGAGGUGAGUGGCAGUUCAACCACUUUUCAAAACUCACAUCUUCUCGGCCAGAUGCAGCUUUUGCUGAAAUCCAGCGGACUUCUCUCCCUGAGAAGUCACCACUCUCAUGUGAGACCCGUGUCGACUUCUGUGAUGAUUUGGCUCCUGUGGCAAGACAGCUUGCUCCCAGGGAGAAGCUUCCUCUGAGUAGCAGGAGACCUGCUGCGGUGGGGGCUGGGCUCCAGAAUAUGGGAAAUACCUGCUACGUGAACGCUUCCCUGCAGUGCCUGACAUACACACCGCCCCUUGCCAACUACAUGCUGUCCCGGGAGCACUCUCAAACGUGUCAUCGUCACAAGGGCUGCAUGCUCUGUACUAUGCAAGCUCACAUCACACGGGCCCUCUACCGUCCUGGCCAUGUCAUCCAGCCCUCACAGGCAUUGGCUGCUGGCUUCCAUAGAGGCAAGCAGGAAGAUGCCCAUGAAUUUCUCAUGUUCACUGUGGAUGCCAUGAAAAAGGCAUGCCUUCCCGGGCACAAGCAGGUAGAUCAUCACUCCAAGGACACCACCCUCAUCCACCAAAUAUUUGGAGGGUACUGGAGAUCUCAAAUCAAGUGUCUCCACUGCCACGGCAUUUCAGACACCUUUGACCCUUACCUGGACAUCGCCCUGGAUAUCCAGGCAGCUCAGAGUGUCAAGCAAGCUUUGGAACAGUUGGUGAAGCCCGAAGAACUCAAUGGAGAGAAUGCCUAUCAUUGUGGUCUUUGUCUCCAGAAGGCGCCUGCCUCCAAGACGUUAACUUUACACACUUCUGCCAAGGUCCUCAUCCUUGUAUUGAAGAGAUUCUCCGAUGUCACAGGCAACAAACUUGCCAAGAAUGUGCAAUAUCCUGAGUGCCUUGACAUGCAGCCAUACAUGUCUCAGCAGAACACAGGACCUCUUGUCUAUGUCCUCUAUGCUGUGCUGGUCCACGCUGGGUGGAGUUGUCACAACGGACAUUACUUCUCUUAUGUCAAAGCUCAAGAAGGCCAGUGGUAUAAAAUGGAUGAUGCCGAAGUCACUGCCUCUGGCAUCACUUCUGCCCUGAGUCAACAGGCCUAUGUCCUCUUUUACAUCCAGAAGAGUGAAUGGGAAAGACACAGUGAGAGUGUGUCAAGAGGCAGGGAACCAAGAGCCCUUGGCGCUGAAGACACAGACAGGCGAGCAACGCAAGGAGAGCUCAAGAGAGACCACCCCUGCCUCCAGGUACCCGAGUUGGGCGAGCAAUUGGUGGAAAGAGACACUCAGGAAAGCACCCUAGACCACUGGAAAUUCCUCCAAGAGCAAAACAAAACGAAGCCUGAGUUCAACGUCAGAAAAGUCGAAGGUACCUUGCCUCCCAACGUACUUGUGAUUCAUCAAUCAAAAUACAAGUGUGGGAUGAAAAACCAUCAUCCUGAACAGCAAAGUUCCCUGCUAAACCUCUCUUCGACGAACCCGACAGAUCAGGAGUCCAUGAACACGGGCACACUCGCUUCUCUGCAAGGGCGGACCAGGAGAUCCAAAGGGAAGAACAAACACAGCAAGAGGGCUCUGCUUGUGUGCCAGUGAUCUCAGUUGAAGUGUCGACCCACACGUAGGGGUGCACACGCACACACACACACACACACACAAACAGAAAUACACCCACAAGCGCGCACGGAAACACAAACACACCCACACAAACACGAACACCGUCAAUCCUACAUAAAGUAAUGAGGAGCCCAAGAUUCUGUCUCUACAACAGGGACAACUGGAUAGUGAUGGCUGCGUCU